AUGGCUUCAUCAUCGUCCAAUGUCGUCGGCGUUCAUUAUCGCGUGGGAAAGAAAAUCGGAGAGGGUUCUUUCGGUGUCAUUUUUGAGGGAACAAACUUACUCAAUAAUCAACAAGUGGCUAUCAAAUUCGAGCCUCGAAAGAGUGACGCUCCACAAUUGCGAGACGAAUAUCGAACCUACAAGAUUCUUGUUGGCUGCCCUGGUAUUCCUAAUGUCUAUUACUUCGGUCAAGAAGGCCUUCACAACAUUCUGGUUAUCGAUCUCCUUGGCCCAUCGUUGGAAGAUUUAUUCGAUCACUGUAAUCGAAGAUUCUCGACGAAGACUGUGGUGAUGGUAGCAAAGCAAAUGCUCUCAAGGGUACAAACAAUUCACGAGAAGAACCUGAUCUAUCGAGAUAUCAAACCUGACAACUUCUUGAUUGGCCGACCGAAUACGAAAGCCGCAAAUGUCAUCCAUGUUGUCGAUUUUGGAAUGGCAAAACAAUACCGGGAUCCUAAGACGAAACAACACAUUCCUUACCGCGAACGAAAGUCAUUGUCUGGUACUGCAAGAUAUAUGAGUAUCAACACACAUUUAGGGAGGGAACAGUCAAGACGAGACGAUCUCGAAGCUUUAGGUCAUGUUUUCAUGUAUUUCUUACGAGGUGGUUUACCUUGGCAAGGAUUGAAGGCUGCUACCAACAAGCAAAAGUAUGAGAAGAUUGGUGAGAAGAAGCAGACAACCGCCAUCAAGGACCUUUGUGAUGGUUUCCCGGAGGAGUUCAACCAAUACUUGAGCUACGUAAGGAAUUUAGGUUUCGAGGAUACACCAGACUACGAUUACUUGAGGGAUCUCUUCACUCAGGCAUUGAAGAAUUCUGGUGAAGUUGAAGACGGAGAGUAUGAUUGGAUGAAGUUGAACAAUGGCAAGGGGUGGGAAGCUAUGAAGCAACAUCCAUCUCAACACAUGCUACAUCAACCAAAUGCAGUACCAGGAGCAUCGCAGAGGGAACUGCAUGGAACAACUCGAGGAGGAAACACCACACCUGGUCACCUCACUACUGCCCGCUUAAACGCCGCACAACCCCCGCCACCAUCACCGAUAAAACCAGGGAUGGGCAAGACACGCGAUCGGCCAAACGCCCCAGGCGCGUUGGCCCCGAAACGAAGCAGUGGAGCGCCGGGGGGCCUACAGGACGUAUCUACUCCAGCAGGUUCAACUCAAGCACAAUUCCAGAACAGCUCGAACAACCUGCCACAGAGGAUGAGUGCAGCACAGCAGUCACCAAUGAACCAAAACGGGAGGGCAUCAGAACAACCACCACCGACUGCGAUGCAAAAGAUCAUGAAAGCACUGUGCUGUGGUCAGUUGAACACUUCUCUAUAA